CCGCAGACUCCGCGCACAACUCUGCCUGCGAGCGCGCUGGGUGCCGUUGGAGUCGGGCAUGGCCCGGAUCCCGGCGGCGCUGCUGCUGGUGCCUCUGCUACUCCUGCCGCUGGCGACCCCUGCCCAGGUCUACCAGGACUAUCAGUACUUCGGCCAGCAGGGCGAAGGUGACACCUGGGAGCAGCUGAGGCUGCAGCACCUAAAGGAAGUCGAGGACUCAAUCCUUGGCCCGUGGGGAAAGUGGCGGUGUCUCUGCGACCUGGGCAAGCAGGAGCGCAGCCGCGAGGUAGUCGGCACAGCGCCAGGCCCAGUUUUCAUGGACCCGGAGAACCUGAUCCAGUUAGGACCCUGCCGGCAACGGGAUUGUCCAUCUUGCAAGCCCUUCGACUGCGACUGGAGGCUCUGAGCCCGAGCGGGGCCCCAGAGACCGUGAAGCAGAGCUUGCAAAGUGACCCGGUCCACCGAAUUCCCCACGCUGAGUAUUCGGCCACAGUCCUUCGGGACUACAAUUCCCAG